UAACACUGCCAAAGACUCAUUCAGACACACACACACACACAGAGCGAGAGAGAGAACCAGAGAGGUAUUCCAUUCUUUAUGAUCAUCAGCUUCAUUCCCGGAUCUUGAAUCCUUCAGAUUUGCAGACCUAAGAACUUCAGCAGCCUGCCUGCCUGCCUAGCUAGCUAGCAAAUCCCAAAAUGCCGAGUGAUGGGCAGGAAGUAUCUCAACAAUCACUUGAAAUCAAACAAAAUGACAAGUUCUUCACAAGGAUUAUGUCCAAAGAAUCCUCCAUGGCCAAUUCUUCGAACAGGGUAUAUUAUGGAGGUGCUUCAGGUGCAAUUCCAUUCAUGUGGGAAUCAAGGCCAGGUACUCCAAAGCACACACUUGCUGAUACCUGUCUCCCUCCCUUGACACCUCCUCCUUCAUAUCAUUCAUCUUCAAAAUCAAACUCCAUGCACAAGAAUAAUGCAAACCCAAAUAUCUUGACCACUUUAUUCCAUAGGUUCGUCCCUAAAAGGACUCGUAUGUCGCCAUCAUCUUCAAUGUCUUCAACCUCCUCGUCGUCGUCAUCUUGUUCGCCAUUUUAUUCAUCACAAUCAAACUUCAUGAAUUCAAAAUCUAAAAAGAGCUACUGUUUUUCUAGUGCAAGAUCGCUUAUCUGUUACAGGUUUGAUGAAAGAGACGAUGACUAUGACAAUGAUGGACAUGGCCUUGGAUCACCCAUUUCAACUUUGUGUUAUGAUGUUAAACGUAAAGCCGUGAAUGGGUGCCAUGGUUACCAUUUCAUGAGGAACAUGAAGAGUGCAGUUUUGUAACUCGUACGGCAUGGAUCAUUAGGCUAAGCUAAGGCGCUGCCUUGGUUUUCCCCGCUUCUUCUCCCCCACUUGCUGGCAUGUAGUACUGCUAAUGUAUUGGUUUUAUAUCAAUUAUCAUGAAGAACAAUGUGAGUAUUGUUUUUGGAUGUUA